AGCCGUUUGGGUUGCGAAGGGCUUUUUGUGGAGGGCAAUUCCUGGACUGCCUUUUACCGCAAAUUGACUUUUUCAUGCCCAUCGCGCUCUUUUUUUAUCUGUCACUUUCCUCUUCUUUUGGUUACUUUCUGCUUUCCCCUCGCUCAAUUUGGACUGCGCUGUCUGAUAUAUAUGGGGUUGUGAUUGUGGACGGGCCGCGGACUCGCUGUAGCUAUGGCUCUGGGCGAGGUGUGGGCGAGGGUGAAGAACGUCUGCAAGCAGAACGGGCUCCUCAUCCUCUCCGUGCUCGCCGUCAUCAUCGGCUGCCUGCUGGGAUUCUUCCUUCGGGCGAGACACCUCUCAGAGCAGGAGGUGAAGUAUUUCCAGUUCCCAGGAGAGCUGCUCAUGAGGAUGUUGAAAAUGCUCAUUCUGCCGCUUGUCGUGUCCAGUUUGAUGUCGGGGCUAGCUGCUCUGGAUGCCAAGUGCUCGAGCCGGCUGGGCAUCAUGACCAUCUCAUACUACCUGUGGACCACCUUUGUGGCGGUGGUGGUGGGCAUCGUGAUGGUGUCCAUCAUCCACCCAGGCGGAGCUGCGCAGAAAGAGGACUCGGAGGACAGCAGCAAGCCAAUCAUGAGCUCGGCUGACGCCCUGCUCGACCUCAUUCGCAAUAUGUUUCCCGCUAAUUUGGUCCAAGCCACUUUUCAACAGUAUCGGACAAGGAGCAUCCCCAUCAUGAAGUCGCCCAAGCCCACCGUCAGCCAGGAUCUUACGGAGCCCACCACCCGGCGCGUCUUCAUCUACGGUAUUCAGGAUGACAAUGGCUCCGAUAUCCAGAACUUUUCCCUGGACCUGACCCCACCGCCUGACGUCAUCUUCCGCACACUGCCAGGCACCAGUGAAGGCAUGAAUGUCCUGGGCAUCGUCAUCUUCUCCGCCACCAUGGGGAUAAUGCUUGGGAGGAUGGGACCAAAUGGAACUGCCAUGGUCAACUUUUGCCAGAGUUUGAAUGAGGCUGUCUUGAAGAUCGUUGCCAUUGUUAUCUGGUACUUCCCUUUCGGCAUCGUGUUUCUGGUAGCAGGGAAGAUCCUGGAGAUGGAUGACCCCUCCUCCAUGGGGAAGAAGCUGGGGUUCUACGCCAUCACUGUGGUGCUGGGCCUGGUGCUGCAUGGCCUCUUCAUCCUGCCUGCCAUGUACUUCUUCAUUACCAAGAAGAGCCCUAUUGUCUACAUCCGUGGCAUCCUGCAAGCCCUACUCAUCUCAUUGGCCACCUCCUCCAGCUCAGCCACGCUGCCUAUCACCUUCAAGUGCCUGCUGGAAAACAACCACAUUGACCGACGCAUCAUUCGCUUUGUCCUGCCUGUUGGCGCCACCAUCAACAUGGACGGAACGGCACUCUACGAGGCAGUGGCCGCCAUUUUCAUCGCUCAGGUCAACAACUAUGAGCUGGACUUUGGGCAAAUCAUCACCAUCAGCAUCACAGCCACUGCAGCCAGUAUCGGUGCGGCAGGAAUUCCACAGGCUGGCCUGGUUACCAUGGUGAUUGUGUUAACAUCUGUUGGAUUGCCCACUGAUGACAUCACUCUUAUUAUUGCCGUGGAUUGGGCACUGGACAGGUUCAGGACCAUGGUGAACGUGAUGGGGGACGCUCUGGCCACAGGCAUCAUGGCGCACAUCUGCAGAAAAGACUUUGUGAAGGAGGGAGAAGAGAUUCCGCUUAUCUGUGAGACGAAGCCCAUGAUCAGCAUCCAGCAGAUGAUGACCUACCAGAAGAAUGGAUGCUACCAGCCCCCAGCUGCCGGUGGGAGACUGGAUCAAAUCCCGCCCGACGUGGCCCGGCUCAUCCAGCUGGAGGAGGGGGUACGCCCGGUGGAAAGGAAGAAGCCGUCAUCAUCGCACAGGAGGAUGGAGAAGGACAAAGACCACUGCUCCAUUGACAUGAACGGCCUGGAGACUAACGUAUAGGCUGCUGCAGGGGCCCGGACUAGAGCUCAGAACUCAGAGCAGAACUCACACCCCACCCCCAUGGAUGAUGAAACUGGAGCAAAAAGACUAAGGUACCAUUUUUCCGGAGGCGGUAAGGAUUUGCGAAACCGUGAGUGUGAGUGUAAGGUUAUAUGUCUGUGAGCAUAUGCAAAGGAUGCGCACCACACUUUCCAGAGGAUUUUUUCAGCUCUAGGAAAGUGACUGAUGAGCUGGGAUUGAAACAAAGAAAAUGGUGGGGAAGGGGGGGGGGGUGCACAGGUCAAUACCUGUGACUGACACCCAAGACUGACAUUCUGAGACUCUGCAGAAAGGAUGUUGGUCCUGCUCAGGUUGCUUUGAUUGCCGACACGUCCUGUUUUCUGGUUGUGCUGCACUGCUUUGGCUCAGGGUCACCGCCCUUAGUCAUCAGUGUGGAAGAUGUGUCCUCUCUGUUUGUAUGUGACAUAGAGCACAUCUGUAUUAACAGCAGGUUUACAUUUGCCCUUGUGGAUGAAGAAGGGGGCGCCCAUUUUGUCCUCGUUGCUCUGAUAUGUAUCUGGGAAAUCUUUUUGCAUUCCUGCAACAGCACAGACAAGGAACUUCCUGGACCUCCUUGUGGCAAGAACUCAAGACGAUGCACUGUGUAGAAUGAAAAGUUUUUAUUAACAGCUCUAGUCACUUUUCUAUCUAUUUCAAUGUACAAAGCCCUUGCACAACCUUUGUCUGUGUCCAAAAUAUUGUCAACAAAAUGUGUAAUUAUCUUCUUACACUGAGCCCUGAAACAUAUGAAGUCAUACUGUAUAAGCCACACUUUCAAAGUGAGUUGGAGCAACACAGUAAAAACAUAAUACACUCAGCAGGCUGCAUUUUCUGCCAGUCUUAAAAACAAACCCCCUACUACUGGCAAUUUUAUGCACAGUAAAUGUGCAAUAUCAAUUUAACUCUGAACAGAGUAUGUACAUCCAGUAAGGAUAAAAAUGUACUGUAUCGGACUUUACACUAAACAUUACUAUGCAUUAUCUCUGUUUCUCAUCAACCAUCUCAGCUGUGUUGAGCUCCAAGCAUCCCUUAAUUAUUGUUUGCCUUAAAGACAGCACAAACAAAAAGGUACCCCAAGGUGCAGGAACACCAGCCCAAAGCACAGCAAAGCUAGGCAAAUACCCUGCCCACUGAAGGACAACUAGUAAUCUCUCUCUCUGCCUCUCUCUCCCUCUCCCUCUUUCUUCCUCUUUCUCUCUCUCCAUAUUUCCCAUUCCCUCAUAGGAAUAUAUAUAUAUACAUACACACACUGAGCUCCAUAGUGUUUGGGACAAAGACAUGUUUUCUUAAAAUUAUUUGGCUCUGUACUCCACAAUUUUAGAUUUGCAAUCAAACAUGCAUAUGGCCCUUUGCGAUUACUGAGCUCACAAGUUUGAUUUUGGUAAGCCUAAGGUUUGGCCUGUUUCUCUGUUUUUUUCAUAUUUCCCAUAAUGGCUUCCCUGACUUUAAUUGGCACAACUCUGGUCCUUAUGCUGACAAACAGCAAUAACAAAAUCCAAAAGCAAUCAAAAGCCUAGAAUGAAGACUAGAUACUGAAAGCUGUCUUACAGAAGCAAUUGAACACACCUGACUAAUCAGAAACACCCGUGAAGCCAUUUGUGCCAAACAGUAUGGCACCCUGAAAUCGGGGGGUGGUCUGGCUAUGUAUAAAAAGUGCAUUAUUAUUUUUAUGGUAAAACCAAACUGAAUUAAAAUACCCUUUAAUAAAAGCGGAGACUCUACCUGCACAUUAACCAGACAAUAAUUGUUUAAUUAGAAAUAGAGAGCCAAAUCAAGAAAAAAUAUGGCUUUUCCCCAAACAUGUACACACAUAUGUACACACUAUACUUACUACAUAUAUUUAUACAUAUUAAUUGUAAGAAGCUGUCUGUAAUUUGUAAUGUCUGACCAGAGAAUUUAUCAUCUUAUCAAACAAAAUCAAUUGAUUUUCUCAGCAACAACAACAACAAAAAAACAUUUAUAUUGUCUCUUCCAGUUCAUUUCACAACUUUUUUAUCAAUUGAAAAAAAAAGAUGUAUGUGUAUUGCUGACAAAAUAUACAUACGCAACUGAUCAGUGUGCAGUGUGUGCUUUCUAUGAUCAUACAUGUCUUGGUCCGCUCCGGAUAUUUUCCUAAUAAAUUACA